GGCAGGUUGAUAGAAAAGACAUUCCUCAGAGCGGAAUAUUAAGACAAUUACCCUCUCGCACGUUGGCAGGUGUGCGAGGGUAAUCGUCAGCUCCACCAGAGUCCGAAUGCACAUCAUGUGUGUGUGCCCGUAGACACACGUAAAUCUGUUGUGGAGCAUACCUGCUGGAAGUGACAGAAGUUUCCAUUUUGCCAAAAAAGAUCCCUUUUUCCCCCUUUCCAGGCAGAAAUGGUAGAAUUUCUAAAUGAUGCUCCACAUAUGGAACAAAUUCUGUCAUUAGCAAUGGAAAUAAGACAAUAAUAGUUGCUCGAUACAGGCUCUUUUCAAGAUUCUAAAUGUGGAAAGCUAUUCGUAGGAAGCUGGUAGUGUGUGUUUUGUGGAAUUCAAGCUAAUGUCCUGGGGUCAAGAUUUUUGGAAAGUCGUAAUUCAGUCUUUAGAUUUCAUAUGGUUGUUAUGCUUUAAUCUGGAAAGAGUGCAGAAAUAAGUCAGGAGAAAUUUGAGACUGUCUCCUCAUGGGCCCUAAUGGUAACUCAGAUGGAAGGAUUGUUUUGAAUCAUGAAAAGGGAAUUUCUUGGUGUCAGCUUCUAAGAUUCUGAAGUCACACAGAGCUCAGGGAUACAAGCACUAUUUAAAUGAGGCCUCCGUCGCCCCCCUUCUUGGAAAAUGCACCUGCAUUCGGCGUCAUGUUGUGAUCUCUGUUUUUGUGUAGAAAUGCUUGGCAACAUCCUACGAGCCGAGUGAGCUGAAAUCACCGUUUAAAAAAACUCUUUCCGUGUCCAGGAUCUAGAACCCUGAGGAAUAGGAGUCUUGUUUCUUUGGUCCAAGUACAAACUUCAUGGGGAAGCAGACAAAACAUUGAAGCAGGUGGAAGGCUGGGAAGGCACAGCAACUUCUUUUUAUAAAGUAAUUCGAAGGCACUUUCAAAUCAGGCAUCACUUAGGUGUCAAAAGCUGCGAAAAUGUAACACACAUUGCAAUUUUCACAGAUGACUAAUCUCAGGAAAAAUGUGUUGGGCGCAUUCUUGCAUAAUAACUUGGAUAAAAAGGGAGAAGUGAAAAGACUGUAACAAGACAUUUUCAAAGACAGUGCACCUUGCCUCUCUUUAAGGGGGUGCCCGAGACAGAUCAAUGAUUUGCUCUCUUUGUUUGCAGUGGGCUUGGCUGGACGUGGUUCUGUUAAGUGCUUAAUCUGAAUGUGGCUUGGGGGGAGAAAGAAAAAGUGGAGUCUCCGUCAUCAGGGCUUCGACAGAUUUCUGAUCCUGUCCAUCUGUUGCUCAUUGACCCCUUUAAUACAGGAGAGAGAUUUGGUGGUUUGAAAAGUCGAGCAUCACUUUUAUUUCUCAGAUCUGUGCUAUAUUCAGUUUUUAAAUUUGUAUUUGGUCAACAAAACACCCUAGACUUUCUCCUAGGCUUUUGUGAGUCCAGGAGAAACGAGUUUCUUUGGAGCAAAAUUGGAAGUCAAAGUCAAUGGGUGGUUUUCACCUGGGCCGGGGUGGGGAGAGAUGGAGCAGGAGGAGAAAACUGAAAACUACUAUUUGUUCUCAUUAAGUAAAGGUGAGUGCGUUUUCCAUAGGAACAGAGAGCAAGCAGCGGCACUGGAAGUGAAAAGUCAGCUGAGGGACCCUUACGAUUUACUACUGCAAAGUCGUCUCUGUUUGGGAAAACGUAGACUUGGACUUCCACGAAAUGAGUUCCAGCCUUAUGUCAAUCCGCUAAAGACCUGGUCCUUGGGCACAAAGGACCUGUUCUCUGGAUGUCAGCUGAGUUACUAAGGUGACUCUGCACGCCAGGAGAGAGACCUUGGUAGAAAGAACCUUAAGGCUCUUGGAGACCCCCAUCUCUCCUUCUUUUCUGUGUGUGUGGGUCUUCACUGAACAUUCAAACCUGUUUCUCCAAAGGGUUUUGCAAAAACUCAGACUGUUUUCCAAAGCAGAAGCGCUGGCGUCCACAGCAGAAGUGAUGGGCAGCGUACGCACCAACCGCUACAGCAUCGUCUCUUCGGAGGAGGACGGCAUGAAGCUGGCCACCCUGGCGGUGGCCAAUGGCUUUGGGAACGGGAAGAGUAAAGUCCACACUCGACAGCAGUGCCGGAGCCGCUUUGUGAAGAAGGACGGCCACUGCAACGUGCAGUUCAUCAACGUGGGCGAGAAGGGCCAGCGGUACCUGGCGGACAUCUUCACCACGUGUGUGGACAUCCGCUGGCGGUGGAUGUUGGUUAUCUUCUGCCUGGCUUUCGUUCUCUCCUGGCUGUUUUUCGGCUGCGUGUUUUGGUUGAUAGCGCUGCUCCACGGGGACCUGGACGCAUCCAAGGAGAGCAAAGCGUGCGUGUCCGAGGUCAACAGCUUCACGGCCGCUUUCCUCUUCUCCAUCGAGACGCAGACCACCAUAGGCUACGGCUUCCGCUGCGUCACAGACGAGUGCCCCGUGGCUGUUUUCAUGGUGGUCUUCCAGUCCAUCGUGGGCUGCAUCAUCGACGCCUUUAUCAUUGGCGCGGUCAUGGCCAAGAUGGCCAAGCCCAAGAAGAGAAACGAGACCCUGGUCUUCAGCCACAACGCCGUGAUCGCCAUGAGGGAUGGCAAGCUCUGUCUGAUGUGGCGGGUGGGCAACCUUCGGAAAAGCCACCUGGUGGAAGCUCAUGUGCGAGCACAGCUCCUCAAAUCCAGGAUUACUUCCGAAGGGGAGUACAUCCCCCUGGAUCAAAUAGACAUCAACGUCGGCUUUGACAGCGGCAUUGACCGCAUAUUUCUGGUGUCCCCCAUCACCAUCGUCCACGAGAUAGACGAGGACAGCCCUUUAUACGAUCUGAGCAAACAGGACAUCGACAACGCGGACUUUGAGAUCGUGGUGAUACUCGAAGGCAUGGUGGAAGCCACGGCCAUGACCACGCAGUGCCGGAGCUCAUACCUGGCCAACGAAAUCCUCUGGGGCCACCGCUACGAGCCCGUCCUCUUCGAGGAGAAGCAUUACUACAAAGUAGACUAUUCGAGGUUCCACAAGACUUACGAAGUACCCAACACUCCCCUUUGUAGCGCCAGGGACUUAGCGGAGAAGAAAUACAUCCUCUCCAGCGCUAAUUCCUUUUGCUAUGAAAAUGAGGUUGCCCUCACAAGCAAAGAGGAAGAAGACAGUGAAAAUGGGGUCCCAGAGAGCACGAGUACGGACACACCCCCUGACAUAGACCUUCACAACCAGGCAAGUGUACCCCUAGAGCCCAGGCCCUUACGGCGAGAGUCGGAGAUAUGACUAAUUCCUCCUCGGGAAUAGUUACUUUGAAACGCAGUCUGUUGGUCAAAGGCCCAAAGCAGUUACGCAGACGACGGUACUGGUGAAGAGGUGGUUUGAGACAAGUGACCACGAGGGACUGAGGCUAGCAUGAUGCUUUCAAAGAAAGACUGUAGGCUCAGAGAUGAACCUAAAGCACUAAACAUGCCUGCCCCCCCGUGACCCGAUGGCACAUAACACGUUGUAGAAUAAGUUAUGGGACGUUUAUGUCUUGUCUUGUGUUUUCAUACCAAACUUGAACUUGCAGGCAAGCCUUGGUUGGUUGGGUAUUUGACGUCUCCAGAAUGCUUCUCUUUAGGGAACAAGAAUGUUUUUAAAUGGCAUCACAUUUUUAAAUGUUUUCAAGGCAAGACUCUGCCUUAACUUUUGAAAAGCUGCUAACUACACGAACACACGUUGUACUGUUGCAGUGUAGUUUUUCUUGUGUGUAAUUUAAAAAGUCAGUGUUGAACUUUCUCGAGAGCUCAUGGUAUGCGCUUCAAAGUGGCAGGUAUUUGGCUGUUAGUGGCCAAAACGAGAGCCUGAUUUUUUGAGGCCAGUAAUCUGUUUGCUAGAAUUGAUUUCUCUCUCUCUCUCUCUGUCUCUCUCUGUCUCUCUCUGUCACUCUCUUUCCGGUUACAUAAGGGCAUUAUGUAACGCUAGCCAAAUGGUAGCCUCUGGGUUGUCGUUAUUGGUUUUUUUUUUUCCUCCAUGAUGUUAAUGGGUGAUCUCAAAUUUUAAGUUAGACUACCUGAAAUAAAUACCAAAGAUAAUGCACAUUUUUGCACAGUGGAGCUUAUACUAAAAAGGAAAGAAAGCCCCACGGCUGCCUUGAAGUCAAGAGACAAUAACUUUGAACCUCAGCAAGACCGUGAACUGCCCUCUCCUUUUGCACCUUAUUCAGAAAACAGAACAUCACACACACAGUCGAGUAAGCGCCGUGCUUUACAUCUCUGUUCCUUCGUGUAACUUUCACGUUAUAGGAGGAAGAAGACAGGGGAAGAAAAGUUCACACGCACACGAUAUAAACAUCUUUUCUUUCCUUUGAGGUGGUGCUAGCCAGGUGAACGCAUACGACGUUGAGAGACGGUGAUAUCAGUGCCCUUAGAUUUUUUUUCUGGGUUUUUCCAUGUUUUGCACAUUCCAAAAUUUAUUCCAGAAGACAAGACCUAGGUUGAAAUGAGCUGGCAUCCUUGACGCUGAGCCAUCCAGCUUGAAAGAUCAAUAGGUUUAUACCCCUGUGGCUGAAUUCCUUGCCCUGACAGCUGGUACAUCUCCAGCUUAACUGCCUCUUCCAAAAGAUGCCACGCCUGGCCUCUAGGCUGGCUCUUACGAUCAGGCUGUCUGGACUGAGUCCUACAGCAUCCCAGGGGGCUGGGAAUGCCCAAGUGGGAAGGUGGGAAGAUGCCGAAGAGCCGUUUUGACGUAGCUCAUCAGCUCAAGUAUUCAGGAGGGAGGGGAACACUGCUUUUUUUUUUUUUUUUUUUUUUUUCCUAAUGGUACAGAGUAGGAAUUGAAAAUGUCUCAGUAAUGUAGGGUCAACAAGAGCCAUAAAAAUUCUAAGAGACUCACAAGUAAAGGAGAUAAUGAUCUAAAAGGGUCCUUUCCCCCUGAGGGAUGCACGCUCACGAUUGAAUCCGAGCUGACCCCUUCGCCCGCGGAGCCCUAGAGCAGGCUACUUAGGGCACAUUGUUUUCCAGAAGCCUCUCCCGCCUGGCUGCCUGACUUGCUAGACACAUUUUGUUUUGUCUUGUUUUCCGCUCUAGCUCAACAUAAUGGAACUCUCUUUUGGUUUAAAGUUCCUUAUUUGUGAAUUCUGGGGUUGCUGACUUUUCUUUUUAAUUGGCGUCUCAAAAUCAACUCUCUUACGGUAUUCUAUCCCUGUAUGCCAUUAAAAAACAGCUUGUUCUAGAAUCCUGUAUUUUGUAAACUGUUGUCUGUGAUGGUCUAUGGUUCUCGAACAGCCAUAUCUGAAUGCAGUGCCUGCAAUAAUUGGACAGUCUCUGCUGUUCUCAGCCUUCAGAGUCGAUGGGUUUGAACACUGUGGAGUUCUUUUCACUGAAACCAAGUUAGAGAUAUCAAGCAAGUGGAUGUUAUUUUAAGUCCAAACUUAAAGGCAGAUUAGGGAAGUUGUUUAGAGAGGUGGAGGGAUUGCGUGGAUACAGAAUUUACAUUCUUCUGUAAACGGCAAAUGUUCGGCCAUUGACAGGAUGCUGACGGUUUCAGCUGCUGCUAUUUCGAUAUUUUUGCAAAGGAAAAUAAUCAAACCAAAGAGUAUUCAGUGGUCUGUAAAUUAAAUGAUGAUUCAGUGGAGAAUGGGGGUGACCACAGAAAAGGCACCUUCCCAUCACACAGCUCUGCCACUUAAAAAGACUUGAGAUAUUUGAAAGGGGGUGGGUAGGGGGCAAGAAUGAGGGAGGGAACUCUUGCAACUUCUUUCUGAAAAAGAGAAAAAAAAAAUCUAAAAUUUCUGGUGCACAGGUUUGUUUUUUUUUUUUCAAGAAAAUUUUGCAGAAGCUAUGUUUUUAAAGUGUACAUUUUAUAAAGUUUAUCAGAUAUUUUCAUAUUUAAAGCCAAAUGUAAAUAGAAGUCUGUAAAGGGAAAAAAGUUGCCAUAGAAAGUAUAAUUUCAGUGCAGCCAUUUCUGAGAGCUGGUACCUAUAUGCUACCGGUUAGCAUGGUUUUAGCAAAUAUUUACCAGCCUUAUAAGGUUCGUAUUGCUAUGUUCUUCUGUUAUUUAUUUCAGCAUGGACUGUUGAUUUGAAAGCUUUUUCUAGUUAUUAGUAUUUUCACAGUGACAAUUUUUUUUUUCUUUUUGUCAAGAGCCAAGACACAGGUGAUGCACAACGGUUUUUGUUUUUGUUUUUGCUGCAUUUUACCUUCAAAACAUUUGUCAUUGACUGGGUUUCCUUAAUUAGUGCACACAUGUCAUUAGAAUGCAGGUUGAAGAGACUCACUGUGAAUAUCUGGGGUCUGUUCCGGGAUCUGUGUUGGCUUCUCCGUGACAAGCAAACCCCCACUGAAUUUACUUAGGAAUUAUUCCCUUUUAAAGAAUUUUUGCCCAUAUCUGGAUGGGCAUUAUAUUUUUGGGAGGGGGACUAGAUUCCUGGUUAUCCUAUUUUUAAAGAAAAGGUAGACAAAGUGAAUUCUAUUUUGAUUAUUGAGAAAGGAAUAGUUUUCUAUCCCUCUAAGAGUAUACUUGAAUCAGACAUUUUAAGGAUGUCACCCAUAACUCUGAAACCAUUUCCAAAUUCCUGGUGAAAGUUUGUUUUAUCUUUUUUUUUUUUCAAUUCUAUCAAUGCAUUAUUUCUUCCCUUCACUUCCUUUCUUCCCUGUCAACUCCCACCUCAAACCUUGAUGUUUAUUCAAUGAGUUCUGUCCCCUAAAUCACGUCACUCUUACAAAAAACAAAUGUUGGUUCAUAUUUGAUGGUAAGCCACUCAGUAAAGGUAAAAAGCUUGUUCUGAGAAACAGAGUGAGUGUUUUUUCACUCUGUGUCCAAUAAUGUUAAGGUUAAAAAAAAAAGAAAAAAAAAAAGUGUUGCAUAGUCACUCACUCCCAACUAGAAUCCCUUUUCUAGUUAUGUUGGGUUUCAGCUCUGGGGCUGCGGUGAAUUGAACCAUCCCGGCCUUUGACAAUCGUGAGAGUUAUUAUUUUCCCGUUUGCUGUCUUUUUGUAUCUAAAGUCUUCCUAAUGUACUGCACAAACCAUGGAUUGUACAUAUUUUUAUAUAUUAUGUCUUAUUUUAUUAUUUCUAAAUAAAAAAUUAAAAAUUGAAAA